AUGGCCUCUGGAUCUGAGCAGCUGAGAUGCUCGCGCGGUCUGCUCCUGCUACUCCUCGUAGCCACCUCGUCGCUCGUUUCGGCGCAAAUGGCCGACAACUCAACGCGCGCUGCGUCUCGGACGGGUCUGUCUGCCGUCAGUACCGCUGUCGCCCCUUCAACAACCACGGAAAAGCCGGACCCCAUCAAGGAGGCUUUCGACUCCAUGUCUGAACGGAUCACGCGAAUUAUGAUGAAAGAGUUCUACCCCAUGGUCAGCGAGCUCAUAUACGACCCGCGACUUUCAACGGGUUGUAUCGGGUCGCUCAUGAAGAUCGGCCCGGCUUUGAAGAACUUCGACAUCUGGGCCGUGGAAACCCUCUGGUCAGUGUACGGGCCCUCCGACCAAUGUCUGGCCAUCAGGCACAACGAGAACCUGUUCCAGGGCAGGUACUGCAUGAUACACAUGCACCAUAACGGUGUCGACGAGCUGCCACCCACGGUGUACAAAAUCGCCGACAAGUUUCUCAAGCACCACAACCUCGAAUACAUCGGCAACAUUUCCAGACUGAAUGACAAGGAGUACGUGUCUGUGAUCCCUCUUCUCAAGUACGGCGUUUGUCUGCCUUCCGUCUGCCAACGGGAGGAUUUACAAGUGAUCAUCGACCACUUUGUCGGCGAUCUCAAUCUCAAUCUCAAGGCUUCGUGGUGCAAGAUCGAAGAGCCAGUAAAGUUGGAUCAACGGCAGACUCUGAUUGUGUGCCUCUUCGUGCUGUGGACAGCCUUUAUUCUCUUCGGAACUGCCUAUGACAUCUACAGGACGAUGCUCUCGACGGAAGAAAUCAAGGAACCAAAGUACCACCCAUUCAUAAGCUACCUGUCCGAUUCGGUACAGUCAGUUUCCCUUCGACGGGCCGUCAAGAAGCUGAUGGAUAUGCCCAACUGGGGCGACUACUCCAACAAGCUUGGUUUCAUUCAUGGUGUGCGCGUCUUCUCAGCUACGUGGGUCCUUCUGGGACACAGCCACAUGCUUCGGGACCUUCACGCCAGCUCCAACAUGAUUCGUUUCCUCAAGCGGAUUCAAAACGACUUCUUGUUCACUGUCCAACUGAACGCCUUCAUGUCUGUCGAGACUUUCCUUGUCAUAACGGGAUUCCUUUCGGGCUAUCUUGUAACCAAAGCACCAAAUACGGACAUCCACCCAAUACUGCUGUUCAUUGUGGCACUAGGGAGGCGUUACAUCAGAUUUAUCGUGCCAAUGGCAGCGCUCCUGGGCUUCGUAUACCUCAUCCCGGCCCUGGCAGACGGGCCCGUGUUGCACGACUACUGGCAUCUCUUCCUGAACCCUUGCGAAAAGAGCUGGUGGAAGAUAUUCACCAUGACCCAAAACUACAUGGAAGACUUCAAGGACCUGUGUAUGCCCCACUACUGGUACAUCUCAGUCGACUACCAGCUUGCCGUCUUCAGUACUUUAAUCCUGGUUUUCAUCAUGCCUAAAUGGUUUAAGGGAUCUCUAUACCUCAUGGGACUUAUCGUUGUUGCCACUUGCCUGACGACCGGCAUUCAGAUUUACGUCCAUGAGUACACGCCGUUCAACAUCAUCUUUACCACGAAUGUUAGGCAGCUCAUCGAAUCGGCGAUGAACAUCUACGACAAGGCGUACACGCACGCGCCGCCACUAUUUGUGGGCAUGAUCUUCGGCUGCCUGGCCGUCAAGAGGCACCAUCUGUCGCGUAGGGUGCAGAGCGCUGCUUGGGUUCUCGCCGUCGCCGUGUCCCUGACCGCGCUGCUGGGCGUGCGCAGCUGGUUCACGGGCCGCCAGCCACAGAGGCUCGAGUCGGCCAUCUACGGCGGCAUGCACCGCGUCUCGUGGGGCUUGAGCGUCGGCUGGGUCAUGUACGCUUGCGCCACGGGCCGCGGAGGUUUCGUCACCAAGAUCCUCGCCUGGCCCAUCAUGUACCCGCUCGGAAGGCUGUCGUUCUCAGUCUACGUGGUGCACAUCCUCCUCAUGGCCACCAACGCUAUUCUCAGCCGGGAGCACAUCAGCCAGCAGCCUUUCUUGCACGCUCAGAUCUACAUCUCGCAAGUGGUGAUGUCCUACGUCCUGGGCGCCAUCCUCUACCUACUCGUCGAAUGCCCCGUGGCCGGCCUGGAUAACGAGUUUUUCCGAAGAUUCAUGAACAUGGAUAAGUUGAGGAGCGACAACACCAAAUACAAUAACGACAUCCAAGAACUGAAGGCCGUCCAAGUCGCCACCGUUAAUGGUGCGACAAAAAUUGAGGACGCAUCGUUGUUCAAACGGCGGCUUUCCAACGGCAUCACCGACGUCCCAAAGAAUGUGUGCAAUGGAAGCCAUAACAAUGGCUAUAUAAACGGUGCCGGUGAAACCGAUCUCAACGAGAAAGACACUGCGGCCAACGGCGCCAUAGUUUCAGUAAAAUUCUGAAAAUAUGUUGUAUAUCUAGAUGCAAAAAUGUGUAAAUAGUCCU